UUCAAUAAAUCUAGUGUACCAAUUUGCGAAAGUAUGAUUUGCAUAUUAAAAUGAAUUUGAUGAACAAUAAUCAAACCAAUAUUGCAAAUAAAUCCUAUGGCAUCACUGAUUCUUACCCCUCUGUCAUCGAACCAACAACGUUCGAGAGGGGAAAACGAUCCGACUUGCCUUGCCGUAUAAAAGCAAACUGCUUCUUCCCAUUUUCUCUUAUUCUUUGCCAACUCUUUGACGGGAACGCAUCAGCGGAGCGCUCACUUCACUUCCUUCAGCCUUCAGUAUGCUUUGGCAAGCCGAUCGCGAUGGUCGAAAGCGGUUGCGUGCGAGUGCAUCCGCUUUUGCAUAGUCACGUUUUGCACAGCAUCACCUCGCAAACCCACCAUCGGAGUCAACCCCACCGUCGCCGUUCUGGAUUUCGCAAUCAUAACUACCGAAUUUCACCUGUAGUAAGCAAUUAAAUUUAAACGGCCCUUAUGAGGGCUCCUCCUCUCCUCUUCUUGGCGUAACGUCCUCACUGGGACAAAGCCUGCUUCACAGCUUAGUGUUCAAUGAGCACUUCCACAGUUUUUAACUGAGAGCUUCCUCUGCCAAUGACCAUUUUGCAUGUGUAUAUCGUGUGGCAGGCACGAAGAUACUCUAUGCCCUAGGAAGUCAAGGAAAUUUCCUUUACGAAAAGAUCCUGGACCGACCUGGAAUCGAACCCGUCACCCUCAGCAUGGUCAUGCUGAAUACCCGUGCGUUUACCGCCUCGGCUAUAUGGGCCCUUAUGAGGGCUACAAUUCUAUAUUUUCUGCAAGAGUUGAUUCCGAAUUAAGUGAAGACAUGCAAAUGCCGACAUUUUAAAACCAUCUACUACGCGAGUGCGGUAAAAUUGCAUGAAAUGGGGUGCUUACGCUACCACGGCACUGGAAAUCUAAAAUUUUACGACGGUCACGAAAUUAUGUCAGAUUUUGCACGCUAAUAACUCAGCCAAUAAUAGUAUUAUUUCCAAAUAUUUCAUAUUAAUCGAUUGGAAAUGUAUGUACGUACCAUUUAUGACAAAUAAUCAAAAUUAUUGAUUUUCAACAGCAAACUAUUGAAACUUUGGGAAAAGUAAGCCUAUGUUUUAACCAGCCGAUUGCGUGCGAGCACAUUUUUGCGUUUUGUCGUCCAGUUAAAUUGUUCUCAUCUUCCAUCAUUCGUUCAUGACCUUUCUAGGGGAUUGCAUUGAAGGAGGGCUAGUCCGUUUGCGUUUUCCAAUGUUCCUCCACAAUAAUGAACCGAAUAAUUUUCUAAGGAAGACGAAGCGCCGGGUCACAAAUAAUGCCAAAAUCGGCACAGAUUUAUAGAAAUUCUUUGAUAAAUAAUAAUAUACACGCAAAUAAAUCCGUUCCGAAAACUGUCCACAUGCAGUCACGAAUUCCAGAUCAAGCGAGAACUUCGUUUACAAAUAUUGCUGGUUUCUUUGAAGAAUGGAUUAUCUGCACAGUCCAUGAAUCACACUUUGGACUGGUAAAACUUGUUGCCAGUAUUGUCAAAAUAACUGAAGAUGAAAACUUUUUUUUCUUAUUUCGCGUUUCAUAGUAGAUUUAUCUUAGCCCAAUUACAAAGUGUACACCUUGGUGUACACAUUAUUUUUUUUAAUAAUAUUUAUCACGAAAAAUCGUGAAAUUUUAUAAGAAUGUGCUUACAGAAAAAACAAUAUAUGCAUGUUCAGAACUAUUCUUACAUUCUGGCAGCACUGUCAUGUCGAAUGACGGUUCUCGUCGUUCAUGCAUACGAGAGCGGAGUAAACAAACAAACAAACGAAUCACGGCGCAUAUCACGAAUUCCGUCCGCAAUUAAAUUGAAUAUUUCGGCGAAAUUCAGCGAUAAUUCACGGCCUACGACUACGAAACAGCCUCUGGUUGUAUUCUCCGGUAGCGCCAUGAGCAUCGAUGGAGAAGGAGGAUCGAAUGGUUCUCAGGAUGCUGACCUUGAUCUGGAUUCUGAUCAGUUUUCCGUGGAAGCUCUCGACGAAGAAAAUGAUCCCUUUUUCGAUUCUCGUGAGCCUCCGGAAGCUGAUGACUCAGGCACGAGCGAGAGGGAGUUUCGGAAAGCAGAUGCCGGUGAAACGAGCGGUGAAUCCAGCAAGCUCAGCAGCAAGCGGCCAGGCAAGCAAACAAAUCUGUCGCUGUAUGCAACUUUUUUCAAACGCAAGUUUGUCGGAGAGACUUCUGGGGCCAAGUUUGCAUCGGAGAUAAUUUACGGGAACAGCGUCGAUGAAAUUUUGCAAGGAAUAUGGAGUAUUGUGAAACCAGUUAUCAAGCAAGAAGUUACCUUCGAAGAUGACAAUGGACUCCAAGUUCCUUGUUGGGCCAAUGAUGAGCCAACACUUGGCGACCUAGGAAAGUUCGUGUACCUACAGAACCACGCGAAUCGUAGACGUGUCAAUGUUGACAAAGUGGAUAGCAAACUGUUGAUCAGUUGGCGGUCGAAGGAAAUUCGGGUGCAUGUUCACGUUUACUCGACCGCAGUAUCAUGCAAGCAGCUGUGGGAAUUGGUUGAUCGACAGCUGAUUCGGUUUCAGAACAGCGAUCGUGCGGGAGCUCCAAAUAAUCAAUCUCUGACAGCAUUGGCCAACCAACUACGAGACAUCCAUGGAGCACACUUCAGCGGACAUGCCAGUUCCUGGAAAAUCUGGGCGAACUACCUACAUUCUGUUCCUGCACAUGAACGUGAACGCCGAAUGAAUGAUUUACCACCGCAUUCCGUCAUCAAAUUCUUUCGAUCAGUACCAAUCUCGGAGGCAGUCCAGCUCGAAAGCGCUCGUAGUGGACUGUCGGUUGCUCGAACAAUAAAUGAUGCAUUUUCGACGGACCUUUCGACACUGGAAAGCGAGGUGAAUGAAUUGCUUACCUUGGGUCAACGCAUUAAGCACCGGAUUCAAUCACUACAAACCAGAUGCUCUACCAAUUCCGGUAUUGUUACAGCAAUGCAAGAUUCGAUUAAGCCGGAGGAGGAUGAAGUCAGCCGUUCUCUAGCGGAGAAUGUCUCGGAUAUGAAUGAUGUUGAUCAUUUGUGAUCAUGUUUGUGUCGAGGCUUGUGUAUGGGACAAAAUUGGUUUUAAUAAACGAUGUACUUUUUUAUCAAAUGAUUAUUUAUUCAUUAUAGCCAAUAGAGAAAACACACUGAAAUUACAUUGCUUGGGGAUUUAGAUGAUCUUUAGAGAU